CUGCUGCUGCCGCUGCUGUCUGUGCUGCUCUCCCGUGUGUGUAUGUGUGAGUGUGUGUGUGUGUGUGAGUGUGUGGGGGCUUUGUGUGCGUGUGGAAGCCUGAUGGAAAAUGAAAUGCCAGGAUUGGGCUACCUCCACGGAGAGCGUCUCCAUCAUAUAACGUGAGGCGGCCAGCAGCACUCCGGGAUCUGGGAGAAGCUGCAUCCAUCUAGCGACACGCCUCCAGAGGACCAGGGGCGCUCCAAUGGGAGGAGAGAGAUUUUUUUAAAUUAUUCUCCUCUGCUGUGGCGAGAAAGGAUUGUCGUCAUCCCCCACAUCCAUCCUUUUUUUUUUUUUUUCCUCCGGUGCCCCCCCCCCUCCUUUCUCCUCCGCCUCCACUCUCAUUUUUUCCCCUCAUUCUUCUAGAGGUGCUCGUUGGAAUAGCAAACCUCCAUGUAUGACAAUUUGUACCUGCAUGGAUUUGAAGACUCGGAGGCGGGCUCAGCUGAUUCGUACACUAGCAGACCAUCAGACUCAGAUGUAUCUCUGGAGGAGGAGCGGGAGGUGCAGGCCCAGGUCCAGAGCCAGAGCCCCAGCCAGAGCCAAGGACCGGGACAGAGCCGCCAGGAACGGGAGCAACAGGCCUCCAUUCAGCUGGAGAGAGCCAAGACUAAACCUGUGGCGUUUGCCGUAAGGACCAAUGUCAGUUACUGUGGCGCAUUGGAUGAAGAUGUUCCAGUCCCAGCCACAGCCAUCUCCUUCGACGCCAAGGACUUCCUCCACAUUAAGGAGAAGUUCAACAAUGACUGGUGGAUCGGUCGGUUAGUGAAAGAGGGCUGUGAGAUCGGCUUCAUCCCCAGCCCUCUGAAGCUCGAGAACAUCCGGCUCCAGCAGGAGCAAAAGAGGGGACGAGUCCAAGGUAAGUCUGGAGGGAACUCCUCUUCCAGUGUAGAGGAUGAGGUAUCUGCCUCUAUCCGACCACUCAUAUCCUCAGCAGGAAAGCAGAAACAGAAAGUGACUGAACACGUCCCUCCGUAUGAUGUGGUUCCCUCCAUGCGGCCGGUCGUGCUGGUGGGACCUUCUCUCAAGGGGUAUGAGGUUACAGACAUGAUGCAGAAAGCAUUGUUUGACUUCCUCAAGCACCGAUUUGAUGGCAGGAUAACUAUCACACGAGUCACAGCAGAUAUUUCAUUGGCCAAAAGGUCUGUUCUCAACAACCCCAGUAAACGAGCCAUCAUUGAAAGAUCCAACACUCGCUCCAGUUUAGCUGAGGUGCAAAGUGAGAUUGAAAGGAUCUUUGAGUUGGCCCGCUCGCUGCAGCUGGUGGUGCUGGAUGCCGACACCAUCAACCAUCCAGCCCAGCUCCUCAAGACCUCACUGGCUCCCAUCAUUGUCCAUGUCAAAGUCUCCUCGCCAAAGGUCCUGCAGAGGUUAGUCAAGUCCAGAGGGAAGUCCCAGAGCAAACACCUGAAUGUCCAACUUGUGGCAGCAGACAAACUGGCCCAGUGUCCCCCUGAAAUGUUUGACGUAAUCCUGGACGAGAACCAGCUGGAGGACGCCUGUGAGCAUCUGGCCGAGUACCUGGAGGCCUACUGGAAAGCAACCCAUACCUCGUUGGCGACGCCCCUGAACCCUCUGCUGGGACGUAACCUGGGCCCGACCACGCUCACCCCGUACCCCACCAGCAUCUCUGGUCUGCAGCAGAGCCAAAGGAUGCGACAGAGCAACCACACGGGGGACCACUCUACCCCGAACGAACGACACAACCUGAUGACGUCGGAUGAGAACUACCACAACGAGCGAGCACACAAGGGACGCAACCGCAUUUCUUCUGGCUCGCAGCACAGCCGAGAUCAGCAGGACCCCUACCAGGACUACCAGGACCCCUAUCAGGAUGCAUACAAGCCGCACCGUAACCGCAGCUCACCGGGCAGCUACAGCCAUGACUCCCGGCACCGACUCUGAGCCCGCACUGUCACCGCCAGGGCCACCCCAAAUAAACGCUGCAAUAGAGCCAAGAUGGUCCCAAAUUGUACCUUUUUUCUUUUUGAUUUCCUUUUUCUUUUGUGUGUCUAACUUGCUUCUUAUCUUGUUGAAAGUUAAAAUAGUCAUUUUCAGGUAUUUGUUUUUAAUGAAGCUUUCAGGAGCGCCCCUCAAUCAACAGCAUGAAGAGUCAGGAGGUUCAGGGUGCCGACACUAACCGAUACUGUAAAAGCGGUUCCUUUCUUUUGUGUUUUUUGGGACCUUCUGGGAUUGUACUAACACAAUACUCAGCAGAUGUGCAGCCGUGCUUGUGCUUGUUGCCUCUGUCAACAAGCGAAAUAUGGACAGCGGUCGGAUGGGGAUGAUGCGCGGGCUUCCGUGCGCCUGGAGCGUCGCACCAGAUCCGAGGGAAGUCCCGUGCACACGAACUGCUGACGGCUGCCGCCCCCGCCCUGGGCCGUGUAUAAAUCCUCUCACCAUUUAGCUUCUUGCAUGCUGAUAGAUGAUCAAACUCCGCAUCCACAUAACUGAUAUUUUCUAUCUAACAUACUGGAUUGUCCUCCGAUGAGGUUUAGACGUAAGGAGGUCCUAUUUUCUAAAUCCCGUGGUCGUUGAUCGGCGGUUGGUGGUGGGGGGUUGUGGUUUUGGUGUUAAUAUAGCUUUGAAAACUGGUGCUUCACAUUCCCAAACUAUUUUGCUAUUUGAAAGUCAGUUUGAGCAAGGCCAGCUUUUCUGUAGCAUAGCUUUAGCACAUCUCAUUGGAGUGAGGAGCCUCACCGAGAAAAGGAGGACGGAUCGGUCCUGGGUCCGGAUCUGAGCUACACCUUAGGGGAAAAGUUCUGAACAGAUAGCAUGUACAGAUUCAUUUGAUGUUGCUGAUACGAGGACUGGCAUUAAAACCCACCAAUCCGGUUGGGUUGGGUUUGGCCUGAAACUGAUGCCACACUGAGUUUGAGCUGUUUUUGUUACAUUCCUUCGUUUUGUUUGCUAGAUAGAAGAGCAUCAAGAGGUUGUUUUGCAUUUAUUAGCAUUGAAGUCAAAAACAGCUACUGAGAUACGGACGGUGGUCGCCAGUAAUGUCCUGCUUAUUGGUUAACCGCCGUCAGGAUUCCUGGAGCUGGUUUUUGAGGGUGAAAACCGUUAACGAUGCGACUUGGCAGGAUCGACUGAAUCAUGUUCAUUCUCUGUGUAGCUGGCAUGUUGUCCUGACUGCAGAGCAUGUUCCCUCCAGACGUAACGUAGAACCCCCCCCACUGUACUCAACUUGAUGUUCGUAGAAGUCUGGGGUACCUUUCCCUGCAAAAAAAGAAAUAAAUGAAAUAAAAAGUUUAGAAAAAAAAACAAAAACGGACAAAAGAAGAAGAGGGAAAAAGGAAAGAGAGAGAAAAAUAAGAAAACAAAACACAAUGUCCCCAAAUUGCAGAUGAACAAUAUUUCUGGAUCCCUGACGUUUGUUACGCAAUCACUGAAAAACUAAAGUAUUUUAAGAAUUGGUAUAUGUUGAUGAGAUAAUUGCAUGAUAUCGAAGUGGAGCCACCUUAAUCAUAAGUUUCUAAUAAAUCCGAGUGAUGUUAAAUGGUAGAACGUGCUCUUAAGCAUCUGAUAAGGCCCGUGUUUGUUUCUUUAACCACAUGGUGCUUUGUAUGAAAACAGAGAGCUGCUGCGCUUACUUAUGUUUAAAGUCUUCUGUACAUAUAAGUUUCUAUCUUGUUGUUAUGACUUAAUCAUUUGGGUUUCUUAAAGAGAUUUGUCUAUUUUUCAAGUCAUGUUUCACUGGCAGUGUGUCUUUAAUUUUUCCAUCACUCGCUGUCUCUUUGCCACAUCAACAGUUUGUUGCAAAUGAGUGUGUGAAAGUGAUGAUGAAAGUGUUGUGACUACCUGUAAAAUAUUAAAUAACAAAGGAUAAUCUUUCAAAUGGCAUGCAUUGAUUCAGUAAAUAAAAAGUGAAAAGUUUAGUAUUGAGUAAAAUCGAUCGAUUAGUUAGCCAGAGUUGUCACAACUGUAAUCAGAAAAGACACACUGCCACUUAAAUAUUAUUUUCAUGAAGAAAAGAAACAACGGUUUGGUCAGAUUUCUCCUGUAUGAAUCAGAAUGUUAUCUUUGGCAUGUGAAGUGGAAACCCGAACAUUAAGACUAAAAUGAUGUGGUUGUGACUGCUGCGGCACCUGAUUGGUUUCUGGCAUACCUGCUUAGUCCCUUAUUUUUCUAGUGAGUUUUUUUAAAUUAUUAUUUUAAGGUCUGAGAUCUAUACAAAGUGUUAUCGAAAUAGUUUUACACAAUUUCAAUAAGAAGAAAAAUCAGAAAUAAAAAAAAAAGGAUGUUGCUGUUUUUAGUAGGAUGCUCGUGUUCUGGAAACAGCAUGGCAAAGAGCAACUUGAGCAUUCUAUAUCUAUAUCUUUUUAAUGUCCAAAUUAAUGCAGCAUUACUAGUACUGAAUCUGAAAAACAGUUCUCCAUAAGUUCUACUUUGGUUUGAUCACACCCACCUGUGACGUAACAGCAAGUUGUUGGUAGAACUUGCAGCAACCAUUAGAUGGCGACAUAAUCUGACAAUUUAAAUUAAAGCAUUGUUGUCGCCGCUAUGUAGCAAUACCACUUCUGACCACAUGGGGGCAGAAAUAUCUGCUGUUGACAAAAAUGCCAACCAAGUGCACUAUUAAAGAUGCAGUUUAUUGUAUCUGAAGGCUCCUACAUGCUACACAAUGUCUAAGAAUAUCACAUCUCAUACUGUAUGGCCUACGCCGGCUCAAUCAUGGGUGCGAUGUCAAGAAUGCGGAUGAAUAUUCAAUAAGCAAAACAAAAAAAUGAACUGAUCUUCAGUGGCAACCUUGAUGUGUGCCGAAGAUUCUUUAGAAAUUUAUCUCAGCAGUUUUUGUUCGUAAGACCUUUUGAGGCGCUAAACUGCCUACGGUGUAUGAUGCAGGACCGGCCUUUCGACGCUACAACGAAAGAUAUGGCCACAACUCUUUCAUGGCAGUCAUCUUUUGUAUGGGUCAACCCAAAAUCAUGCAAUUUUUACGAGGCAUAAUUCCCAGGGGCUGAACUUUCUUGUAAUGUGCUGCCCCCGUGUGGUCAGGUGUGGUAUUAAAGAGUAAAAUAAAACCAGGCCGAGAAUAUAAUUAAAUCAUUUUAAGACUCGGGUAAGCUAUAAAACCAGGAUAAAAAUGAAAAAAAAGGAGUUAUUUUGUAAAUUGGUCUCAGAACCACACAGGAAAUAUUCCAGCAAUAAGUUGUUUUUUUCUCUAAACAAUACAAUUACAAUGUGGCAAAUACAAUAAUCUUUUAGAUUGGGUCUGAUUUAGUUAAGUAACAAAAAUAGUUUUAGCUAAGUGGAUGUUUACAGUUGAUUAAACAAAUGUUAUUUUGCAGGUUAUGACAGAACUCAGGUUUCACGAAGGUGAAUUUUAACACUACCCUAAUUUCAAUGUCAUGAGUUGAGUUGAAUUGUCCGAUAUAAGGGCGAGGUUAGUCGCAGGACUUUUUAAUUUGUAAAGCGCUCUGAGAUCUGUCGUUUCAGGUAAAAAGCGCUAUAUAGAUUGAAAUUAUUAUUAUUAUUACUAUUAUUAAUUUGUACUUCAAGUGGUCAGAAUCAUAAAAGUGUGCCAUCUUUUACUGUCAUCCUGUCAAAAAAAACCUCCAUUUAAUUUUCACGAAGUUGGCUUAAAUUCUGUCCUAUUUAAAGAGAUAUAUCACCGUCCCCAAGAAUUUCCUCAGCCUGACACAGUUUUGAGAUGUGCUAGUUUGUGAGUCCUAGUUAGACAAACUUUCAAAAGGAGACUGAGCGGACGAACGCCCCAUUCCUCAAUUUGAGAUUUGACCUGGCUGGCAUUAACAUAGUUGGAUUUUUCCACCUUAAAAGCAGCUUUUAAUGCUGUGACCUGCAUGUAAAGUAUGAGGGAGUAGAUAACUUUGUAUAGAUCUGGAUUAAAUCGGAUGAAAGGUUGUUUUUUUUUUAAGUAUAGCACAAAAAAGGGGGCAAAAAUGGAGGUGGUUUUGCACAACAUUACAAAACCCCAAAGGAAAACGAUGUUUGCAAGCAGCUUCCGUGUCUCAUUGUGCCCCGUUGCAUCCAAGUCCCACUGCUCGAUUGGACAGGGAGCAAUUUACCAUUCAAAGAUCAAACCAAAACGAUGUUUAGUUGGGCUGCUUGAGACAAUCACAAGGGAUUUCCAGACCAGCGCUGCACCAUCACACUCUUAGUGACACCAUAAGAAAGAAAUAGCCGCUGAUUGGGACUCCUAGAACAGACCGGAACAGGAUAAAACCACACUCACUCACGUGUCCUGGCUUUGUUUCACCUGUGCUUCGUCUUCACUUGCGGCCAAACCUUUUCUCGGAUAAAUAGUUAACAAUUUUAUUUUUCCACCGAGGAAAUCUCAAAGUGAUCACAACCUUCGGAACAGAUAGGAUGGGGAAUGGGGGGUUACUUUGAUAAAAUAUAAACUGGGGAAAAAAAAGAUGCAAAAGAGUAAACAUUCAUCCCAGUAGAAAAGUGAUAGAUUAAUAUUUGCUGGUGAUUAUUUUUCUAACAAAUUAAUGUACAAAAUAUCUCUGAGAGAUGCUAUUUGCUGUAUACAUGUGCUGGAUUAAAACAUUGACAACCCGUAUGGGACACUUGGAACGAGGUGAGCAAGGUUCAUAAUACCAAGUUUCAGUAAUGUGCAAUACAAAAUGGCAUGCUGUUUAAAAAUGAGGAACUUCAUGUACUGUACUAUGCAACCGCAAACUGUGUACAUUGCUUCAUUGCUGUGGAUUCUCCAAACACCCCUUUUGUUAAGCAGCUUCAUCUGGACUUAUAAGGGAUUUUUGUGGUUAUUUAUUUCAUUUGUUUGGUUGUUUUUUUUUCCUGUGAAAGAUGAAAACUUAAGCGGCUAAUGCAGUACUGCAUGCAUAAUAUACCAUUCUAAUUUCUAAAAACAACUAAAAAGAAAAAUACAGGAAAUUGGAGGUGAUUGUGUUUCAGGCAAAGCUACAAGUGACUUAAAAGAUUUCUUUUUCAAAAUAAAAGAGUCGUUCUGAAGUUGUACACAGUGACUUGCUCUUCUGUUUUGUUGUCGUGCCUUUUAAUUUGUUGUAUUAAGACAGAAAGGGGUGUUGAUAA